AUGCUCUGGGAGCGCGGAUUCACACCAGCUCGCGCUGCUGGACCCACGGUGGCUGCCUUUGGCCACCGGCAGCGCCGAAUAGCACUUGCCCCCUUUGAAAAGAAAAUAUACGAACUCCGGUGCAUUGGCACCAACAACUUUGGGUUCAAAGGAGGCACACCGAUCACCAAUCUGGAGGCGCGGCCUGCGCACGUUGACACCAUCGUGCAGUAUCGCGUUGAGCCGUACGAGGCGCCAGACUUCUUCAUGCUCUCACCGGAAGCACACAUCGAUCGCCUCUCGAUCGUGCAACGCAUCCAACUGCCGCCGGGCUACGACCGGCUCAGCGACAACAGCACCGAUCGCACGCAGGCACAGCAGUCGGAACACGCGGCGUCAGCACCGACCGAUCGCGUCGAGCGGUUCGUCGUUCCAAAUCCUAUCGCCGGCCAAAGGCCGGCGAUCCGAAUCUCCUCCUUCUCCGACGCCGACGCCCUGCUGGCGGCUCUCGAGACCGAGGAAGCGCCGCCCGUGCGCCCGCUGCCGACAUCGCUGAGGCCGGACUUCGACAUGCAGACCGUGAUGCAUUUUCUCCGCGCUGUGGCCGCCGAGACCGCCGAGGCGGCUCGCUUCCGGCUCGAGGAGGGCGAGUGUGUGGUGGUGGACAACUUUCUGACGGCGCACGGCCGCGAGGCCUACACUGACCUCGGCCGCGCCAUGUGGCAGCGCCCCACGAGUGGUCACGCAGCGGCGAAGAACGAGGUAAAAUAG